UGAUAGAUAAACCACAAAAGAGGGACUUUACUUCAUUCAACACACUUUCAUUCACUUGCUGUUUUUUGCCGCUGCUACUUGCUAUUCUUGCAACCCUUUCAUUCAUUUCAUUCAUAUAUUCCUGCUUUAUUAUCUUUCUUCCUUUUUUUUUUUUUUUUUGCUUUUUUGUUCUUUUACUAUUUCUGUUCCUUUCAUGGAGAUCUUGAACAACAUGUUACCAACCUUUUUGAUGCAGUUGGUGGUGGUGCAGCUUGGUUAAUUCUCAAUUGUGUUCAACUCAUAGGGAAGGGUUGAAUUGAUUCUCUUCUAGGUAGUUGUUGGUUCUGGCUUCCUUUUUUUAGUUGUAUAAGUACUAUGGUGAAUUGGUGAUGGUGUUGUGUUUUAUGGAUCCCAUUGCUGAGUGAUGUGUGUUUUUUGUGGGGAUGGGGUGCAUUGGCAAGUGGGAGGAAUGUAAAGGGUUUGCGAGAAUUUGAGGGUGGUGAUGGUGGAAAUGAGUUAGGGUUCCAUGUGUGUUUAUGUGAUUGCUGAACACUUUGUCUUCAAAAGGAGGGAAAAGGGUAAAGCUUGAUAUGAAGCUUUCAACAUCAGGGUUGCCUCAGCAGGGACAACAUGAAGGAGGGGAGAAGAAGUGCUUGAAUUCUGAGCUAUGGCAUGCAUGUGCGGGUCCAUUGGUGUCCCUACCAACUGCAGGGACUCGUGUGGUUUACUUCCCUCAGGGUCAUAGUGAGCAGGUUGCUGCCACAACUAACCGAGAAGUUGAUGGCCACAUACCAAAUUACCCGAGCUUGCCUCCCCAGUUGAUUUGCCAACUUCACAAUGUUACGAUGCAUGCAGAUGUUGAAACAGAUGAAGUUUAUGCCCAAAUGACACUGCAGCCGUUGACUCCGCAAGAGCAGAAGGAUACCUUUCUUCCCAUGGAAUUGGGAGUUCCAAGUAAGCAGCCCUCAAAUUAUUUUUGCAAGACCUUAACGGCUAGUGACACCAGCACACAUGGAGGGUUUUCCGUUCCUCGUCGUGCAGCUGAGAAAGUUUUCCCUCCGCUGGAUUUCUCGCAGCAACCGCCUGCUCAAGAAUUAAUUGCUAGGGAUCUCCAUGAUGUUGAGUGGAAAUUUCGUCAUAUUUUUAGAGGGCAGCCAAAGAGGCACCUUCUUACUACCGGCUGGAGUGUAUUUGUUAGUGCCAAAAGACUUGUGGCAGGAGAUUCUGUGCUUUUCAUAUGGAACGAAAAGAAUCAGCUUCUUUUAGGAAUACGUCGUGCCAAUAGACCACAAACUGUAAUGCCUUCGUCAGUUCUAUCCAGUGACAGUAUGCAUAUUGGCCUUCUGGCAGCUGCUGCCCAUGCUGCAGCAACUAAUAGUUGUUUCACAGUGUUCUAUAAUCCAAGGGCUAGUCCAUCCGAGUUUGUCAUACCACUUUCAAAGUAUAUCAAAGCUGUAUACCAUACCCGUGUUUCUGUUGGUAUGCGUUUCAGGAUGCUUUUCGAGACUGAAGAAUCAAGUGUCCGGAGGUACAUGGGUACAAUAACUGGAAUAAGUGACUUGGAUCCAGUUCGAUGGCCAAAUUCUCAUUGGCGAUCUGUAAAGGUUGGUUGGGAUGAAUCCACAGCAGGAGAUAGGCAGCCACGCGUAUCAUUAUGGGAAAUUGAGCCUUUAACAACAUUCCCAAUGUAUCCAUCACUAUUCCCACUCAGAUUGAAACGUCCAUGGCAUCCAGGCACCUCAUCUUUUCUUGAUGGCAGAGAUGAUGCAACUAAUGGGCUAAUGUGGCUGAGAGGUGGAGCUGGCGACCAAGGUCUGAAUUCCCUCAAUUUUCAAACUGUCGGUAUGCUUCCAUGGAUGCAGCAGAGGCUCGAUCCGGCUUUGCUUGGAAAUGAUCACAAUCAGCAAUACCAAGCAAUGUUGGCAGCUGGUUUGCAAAACAUGGGGAGUGGAGAACUCUUGAGGCAACAAAUGAUGAAUUUCCAACAGCCUUUCAAUUAUCUCCAACAACCAGGAAAUGUCAACACUCCUAUCCAGCUUCAACAGCAGCAAACAAUUCAGCAAUCAGUGACUUCUAAUAUCUUGCAGCAACAAGCCCCGGUAUUGACAGAGAACUUGUCUCAGCAGCUCUUUCAGAAAUCGAACAACCGAGAAGACCAUGCGCAGCAGCAGCAUCAGCAUCAGCAGCACACUUAUCAGGAUGCACUUUUAGUUCAAGGUGACCAGCUCCACCAAAGGCAACACUCUAGCUUGCCUUCACCAUCGUACUCGAAACCUGAGUUUGUAGAUGGCAGCAUGAAGUUUGAAGGAUCAGGUUCGCCAGGACAGAACAUGCUUGGUUCACUUUGUCCUGAAGGGAGCAGCAAUCUCUUGAAUCUAUCUAGAGGUGGUCAGUCUAUACCAACCGAACAGUUGCCCCAACAAUCAUGGCCCCCAAAGUAUACACCUCUUCAGGUCAAUGCUUUCAGCAACUCAAUGUCACACGUGCAAUAUUCUGGAAAAGAUAUUGCAGUGGCAUCACCACAUCGUAAUUCAGAUGCUCAGAACCCGACUCUCUUUGGAGUCAAUAUCGAUUCAUCUGGUCUUCUACUCCCCACCACUGUCCCCCAUUACACAACUUCAUCUGCUGAUACCGAUGCUUCAACAAUGCCGUUAGGGGAUUCUGGAUUCCAGGGCCCUCUAUAUGCUUGCAUGCAAGAUUCAUCUGAGUUAAUGCAAAGUGCGGGACAAGUUGACCCCCAAAACCAGACACCAACAUUUGUCAAGGUUUAUAAAUCAGGGUCAGUUGGGCGCUCACUUGACAUCUCCCGGUUCAGCAGCUAUCAUGAACUGAGAGAAGAGUUGGCUCAGAUGUUUGGAAUUGAGGGGAAGUUAGAAGACCCUCUUAGAUCAGGCUGGCAGCUUGUAUUCGUCGACAGGGAGAAUGAUAUUCUUCUCCUUGGGGACGAUCCAUGGGAAUCAUUUGUCAACAAUGUUUGGUAUAUCAAAAUACUUUCACCUGAGGAUAUUCAGAAGAUGGGAGAACAAGCCGUAGAAUCUCGUGACGGUGUUCCUGGCCUACCAUCGAUAGGCGAAUACUGAUAUGUUGAAAACUGUAUCCCUUCAAUUCCCAUGGUCAUGACUUUAAGUAUUACAUGUUUGAGCACUACUUUUAGACCAGAUCUUGCAUAUCCAGAUAUGUUCUGUAUUAUUUAUCUAUUCCACUUUUAUCGUCCUUAUUACUUGGAGAAUUGGUAAGGUUUUAAGAAUUAUGAUGAGAAACUUAGGAUAAACUAUUUUUGUUUAAUCAAAAGAAUCUUUAGGACAAACAUUUGUUCUACUAGUUUGUAACUUGCGCACUGAAAGCUAGAAAUGUAGUGUUAUCAGUGUAUUGUACUAUUUGGUUCCACUCUUGCAUGAGCUAAUGUAUUGUAGAAAGUAAUGUAGACAAUGCUGAAAAGUUAUGUUUCAUGUUUAUUUGUGUGGCAUUGCAUCCCAGUUGAGUGUCUUACAGCUGGGUUUAGAUUUUAUAGUUGAAUGGUCUUCAAAGGAUCUCUAUUUGCAUUUUAUUGAGUGCGGACUCCACUUUUAUCUCAACCAAUGGUAUCCUAUAAAAAAUGGUGCAUAAAACAAAUCAUUUUACUAA